AUGGCUAUUAAUUUUAAUGAUCCAAACUGUGGUUUUCACCACAGGGAAGUUGUAGCUUUUCUAAAUGAACAAAUAGUUAAAAAUGGGCCUAGUAGAUUAUUAAAUAGGAUUCACUUGUGUAAGUCCUGGAGCGCUGUGGAAGGGGAGCUGCUGACCAUCGUGACUGACUCGGCGAUGCCCAGAAGUCUGAAGAAAUCUUGUGCCUGGAGUGCCCUGGCUCUUGGACUGGGCUUGGCUGAGAAGCAGGGCCAGGAGUACAAAGAAAAGGUAAAGAUAAUGCAGGAGCAGCUGGAUGAACAGAGGCUGUUCAUUAACGCCUUGUUAGGGAUGGUACAAAAACAGAGAGAUAAAAAUCAAGAUGAAAAGGGUGUGGGGGAGUUCAGACUCAAACAAGGACUCACAGGCCUUAAUAGAGCAGGAGGGGAGCCAUCUUUUCUCACACCUGUGCCUUUUGGUGUGAUGAGAACUCAGUUUCAAAGUCAGGAAGGAAGGAAAGAGGAGGCCCAGGCAACUGCACCAUAUCCGUUAGGCAGUCUUGUGCCCGGUGGAGAUGGGGGAUAUGACUGGACUGUGAGAGAGCCACUGAGGAUGUCAGGCCAAAGUGCUUCAGCUGCUGUUGCUACAGCUCCUUUUGUUGAGGGAAGUGGGCUUUCUGUAAGAGCAAAUACAAAUGAGGAUUCUGAAAUCCAGAGGGCUUGGUCUCAGACUACCCCACUGCCAUCUCUUAGUUUGUCCUCUACCUCAGCUCAGCCUGGGAUUGUUUCCCAAGUAGCAACAGCAGAAGUAGAACAACAGGCUUCAGUAGUUCCUUCCCUGACCUCUUCUAGAGCUAGCUGGAGAGUUAAGCAAUUCCACCGCAGGAAGAUCCUUUCUCAGAAGUUCAGACAGAGAGCUAAUACCUCUCACUACAGGAAGCUUAGCAGCAUCCCUAGUAGAGCUGGGGACUGGUACUGUGAUGAGUGUAAUGUGAUGAACUUCUCUUGGAGAAAUGUAUGUUUCAGAUGUAAGCAAUUCCAGGAAACAACAGUAAUUGAAGACUUUUUACACAAUUGGAGAUAUAUGUGA